AUGGGUUGGCUCUCAGUUCUCACGUACCCUGUGUCAUUCAUCUUUGGCUUUGCAUUCCAGCUACUAUCUUACUUGCUGUCAUUACUUCUUUUCCUCGCAUCGCCAGUGAUCUACCUCGGACAUGUCGUAUUAUACCUGGCUCUGCUUCCAUUACGGAUCCUAGUGAAACUAGAGGCAUUUAUCUAUUUCAUGACGGGCGCCGUUCUCAUCGGAGCCACUGUCGGCAUGAUCCUACAUUUUAGCGGAACUACCAUUUCGCAGUUUCUGCGCAUUGAAUAUUCAGAAGAGUCUCAGCGACCUCGUGUGAAACGGGAGCUCGUAGAGCCUGCACCCCCCAAUCCGCCCUUCGAUUACCUGGAGGCGCAGACGGAGGAUCGCAAAUUCUUGCCCUACUCGACGAUCUUGGAAGAGGAAGAAAAUAGUCAUGAGUCGGAUUGA